AUGGCGACACCAACUAAAUCCCAGAACAUUUCCACCCCCAAACCGCAGCUUUCUCCUCCAAACAAGCUCAUGGCUUCACCUCGACCGGGCACUUCGGGCAACUCGAAUCGGCCUCUCGCCUACAAAUCUCCUGCGGUCAAGACUCCAGCCUCAGUGCACGGACAUCAUAUCAGUGUCUCGUCGCAACCCUCUUCCACACCCCUGGCCGCAACCGCCGUUCAUGAUGAUCUACUCGCCCUCAACUCGCCUGCCGCCGCUCUCAUCAACUCCCUGGGAACCACAGGACUUACGCCUUUGGGAAGCGGUGCAGAUGGCUUGGGCAUCACCGCGGCUCUGCCAGGUGGGCCCGUUAGACCUGCUCCUCCCCCUGUACACCCAGAAGUCGAACGCCUCCAUAGAACGGAAGCCGUUGUGGAUUUGCUCAAGAGUCGGGUUGGCGGUCAUGGAAUCACUCGCGGAGGGGUGGAGAGAAUCGCACAGUUGCAAGGUUUCACAACUCUCUGGGACGAUGACAACCUGACAAUUGCAGGAAAUUGUGUGGAUCUCGAAAUCAACUUCGACGCUGGCGGCAGAGACGACGUUAGGGACGUGAGUCUCAAGCUUAAUAUCUCAGACAGUACAUCCGAAAGCGAAGAGCCCCAAUUCCAAGAACAAGGCACCCAGGUUAUUAAGAGUAACCUGCAAAACCUGCGCGGUGUCAGUCAGUCUCCGCGAUGGAGCUCUCUUGAUGCCUUUGCAGCCAAUCUACAGUACCUCAGCCAGCUCGAUAGAAUCGAGAGCGGAACACCCUGCUUUAACGCUGUGGGAGACCUCUACAGCGCGUUCCAAAAGAUCUGGGACGCUGAGAAGGAGAGGUCCAAAGGAUGGGCUUCUCGACAACACCUGAGACAGGGCGCUGUUGGUAGACCUGUGAUGGAUCGAAAGCCCAGAUUGGGGGUGGCUUUGGACUACUGGGACUAUCCGGACGAACCGGGGCAAGAGUCCGAAACCAUCGUAAAUGAUAUGAACGACGAUGCCGCAAGCGUCUACACGGCCCGAAUAUCCUGUGAGCCAGGUUUACCUUCAACCGCCAUCACAAAGCAAUGGGUCUCGGAUCCCGUUCUUGUCGAGGACACAGAGGCAAUGCUGGAUGUUGAGAGCGAGAAAUGGAAGCCGGACUGGCGAGACCCUGCACAGGAUUCAGCAAGCUCAGACCCAUUAGCCAAGGCUGAAGCAGAUGAUUCGGUCGCAGAUAAGCCGACGGACAUGGUCGCAGGCGUGUUGGAUAUGCAUUUCUCCUGUACCCUGGAGCCUGGAGUUUAUCUCCCUCUCAAUGUAGCCGCCAACUUGAACGUCGAGGUUACUAUGUUGGACAUAAAGCAAGAGCUGACCUCAACAUAUCAAGCGGCUUUACAGAAGCACUUCAACGGUGCAGGCAUCGACGGCAUCAGAAGCGCCUCUCAAGAGAGAUGGCUUAGAGUCUUACCGGUUGCCGAUGACAGAGCUUCAGACCCGUUGCGACGACAUUCCUACGCCUUGCAGUCCUCCCAGCACGCUCCGCCUCUAUGGUGUUACCCUGUCAAACACCUGAAAUUCAACCAUCCAAAACAACUUGCAGCAGUGCUGCCUGUACUGCGGCAGUACGCUGUCGUCUGGGGUAUUUUGCGGAGCUUAGUUGAGUAUGAGAGCACUAGACAACAGGCCAGUCCAAUAAAGGCGGUUCAAUUCAAUGGAAGACAAAGCUCAGAAGCCACUCACCGACCGUGGAAGCGAACGAACAAGAAGUCUCCCAGCUCUGACCUCGACGAUCUGGCUAAAUCGAACAGUGAGCUGGAUCCCGACCAGCCGUUGCCUGUCGACUUGAACAUGGAUAUCCUCUCUGAUGUUUCGAAGGCAAGGCUGGAUGUGUACAUCCCGUGUCGCGGGUCGCUUAGGGGAAAAAAGGUCCCGUUCAUUUUCUUGUCCUUGAAUAUCUGUCAGGGUGGAGGAAUCGAAGUUCGAGACUUGCGCGGUAUCCACACAGAUGGCACGGACGGUGAAAGCAUUCGGUCCAAGAUCGUACGGAUUUUGGAGGUGACAGAAGAUAUUGGGUUGACGGUUGAAUGGCUUCUAGAACAGGCUGCUGUGCGCAGGUGA